CCAGGUUAUGAGUAUCAAUAAACCCUUUCUAUAUUCUGCUGAAUGGCUUGGUUAUUGACCUUACUUAACGCUUUUAGCUGUUUCUGCUGUGGAGCAGAGGGUCUCUGUGCUAAUUUAUCUGUUUGCUGAAAAGGCGACUAUUAACUCCCUUUCUGUUUUAAUAAUUCUAAGUCAUCUUUUAACAUGUCAAUAGUUUGUUAACGUUACCCGACGGUUCCACGAAAGUUACAAUUAUACCUUGACAGGAUUUUUGAUCAAACGGGCUGUUUUCAAGGUAGUUUUUGGUAUGGACGAGCCCUCACGGUUUACAUAAAGAGAAAGGUCCGUGAAGAAUGUUUCAGCUUUUUUGCAUCGGUUUAUUGUGUUUAUUGUCGUACACUGGCACUUAAUGUCUCUAUUUUAUGUGCUCUGUAGGACGCUGGACACCAACAUGAUGUGUUGUCACUUGAAGAAAGAAGAUGCCGAUUGCAUUUCUACCAUCGUCGAAAACUUCGCUAGUUGCGAAAAAAUGUUAAGGAACCCAGCCCCACGCAAUAGCAUCUGGGCCAUUGGAGUCCUUUCGCUGCUCGGUGCUGUGUGUGUGCUUGUCUUGCGCCAUUUUGUUAAAGAGAGAAAUGUGGUCCAAGUCAUCAUGCUGAUGCACUUGGCAAUGGCGGAUGGCUUGAUGGGUGUGUACUUAAUCACCAUAGCAGUCAUAGACAGCCUGUGGUCAGGAGAUUAUUAUUUGCACGACUUCCAGUGGCGAUUCGGUUUACCAUGUCAGAUCACAGGAGCAAUAUCAGUAUUAUCCAGCGAGGUUUCUGCAAUGUUGCUCACUCUGAUAUCUGCUGAUAGGCUGAAAAAUAUCGUAUUCCCUUACCGCGGAAGAAGCUUGACCCGCCGAAAGGCACACAUUUUGUGUGUGGUUGUAUGGGUUAUUGGCUUUAUCAUAGCAUUCCUUCCCAUAAGUGGUAUCCACUAUUUCAAUGAUCCUCUUGGCCGACCUGCAUACUACAGCAGGUCAGUCGUGUGCCUUCCUCUUCAGCUUUCUGCUAGAUUUCCACCUGGAUGGGAAUAUUCAGUCGCCAUUUUUGUUGGAUUAAAUUUCCUUCUCAUCAUCUUUAUGAUUGCUGCAUAUGUAGCAAUCUUCCUAAAAAGCUGCCUCUCUAAUCGGCGCCUCGCACACCAAGGAACCAGCAGAGAGAUCAAGACUAGGGCCAAAUCAUCCACUGCCAAAAGGGAAACAGCUCUUGCAAAGAGGUUUGCCUUUAUCAUUUUCACGGACUGCGCCUGUUGGUUGCCGAUCAUAGUGAUUGGUAUCAAGUUCUUGGUGGAGAAGGAUUUCUACCCCUCAGACGACCUCCCUGUUUGGAUGGCCGUCUUCGUCCUGCCAAUCAAUUCAGCCCUGAAUCCGAUCAUAUACACAUUAUCAACCCCUAAGGUGCGAAAUAACACUUAGGUCACUAAGGUGACUUAACACUUAUAGCUGAUUAGAUAAUCCCGGAUACUUUACUGCUGAACAUGAUUUUCAAUCACAGCCCUAGCUUCUAUGUGCUCAUAUCUUACCACAUAGUGUCGUAACAUCACUGCAUUCAUUAAAAAGCAAUAGAGCUACUUUGAUGAUGAAGAAUAUUACUACAACUAUUAACGAGCCAUAGCUUUGGACCAUCGAGGAAUUAACUUUAAGUGACUACAGUUUGAGCUUAGAAGCUACAGACUCAUACAUGCCCCGCUAUAUUUAAACUGUUUGUAAUGGAUCUGUGAUAUUCCCAAAUACGGUACUGAUUGUACGGUUUUUAAAUUUUUUAACACAACUUUAGAUAAACAUUUCUUAAACAUCCCCACAGGUGCAAGACUUCAUCAUACCCAAGCUGCGAAAGGUGAUAAAUUUUCUGCGCGCCAGGUUUACAUGGGGACAGAAUCAACACAACCAACAAGGUAGAUAGAGUCUUGCAUUUUGUAAUUUUAAAUCCACAGUUUUACAAUCUACAGUCGAACCUCCCGUAAGCAACCACCCAAAAUGUCAGGCUUAGGUGGUCGCUUUCAGGAGGUGGUCGCUUACGAGAGAUUAGACCCUAUUGGGUCAAAAAUUUUGCUCAUUAGCAAAUGGUACUUUUAAGACAUUUUAUGUCGUCUAUUUUAAGACUGCUA